CUACUUCAGUUUGUGUCUCGCUAAUGUGCUAAAGUUUGGGUCCUUAUAAGAUAAGAGCCAAGUCUGCCUGCAUACCACGAAAUUUUAACUUGUUGCUUCUCUCCCUCUUCUGUUCUGUCUCGUCCCCUUCACGAAUCACGACAGUAUUGAAGCAAUUCCUGAUUGCUGAUCCUCCACAAUUUCUCCCGUGGAUUGGAGCGAUCUGAAUUGGAGCCGUUUACUGCUGACAUGGCGGGAACUGAUCGCCUCUACCCUGAAAUUGGGACGUAUGACCUGGAGCCCCCGCAGGUCCCAGCCUCCGCCGGGGGCAGCGGCGAGGAGGAGGCCGGGGUUUGCGACGCACUGGUGAUGUGGGACGACGAAUCCGACGCGUGUCCCUCCCAUGAAGCGGCCCCCAUCAUAUUUGAGAAGGGCACUAGGGAUCCUCCUCCUAAAGUUUUCAAGGAAGAAAGGCUUGAUGUUGUCCAUUAUUCAGAGUUCAGCGAUGAGAUGGCGACUGAGAAGGAAUUCGGAGAAAACAACUAUGACAGUUUCCCUUCUUGUGAACAAACAGGCAUCAUAUGGGUGCCUCCCUCUGUUCCACCUAUGCCAAAACAUGAUCACGAUGAGUGGCAAAAGGGCUUUGGUUACAAUAGUCCGUGCUUCCCAGAGGAAGAAUAUAAGUGGGAUAUUGACGAAGAAAAUUUGGAGAUGACAAUGUGGGAUGUGCUCUCUGAGAUGGUUGUUGCAGGAAAGGAUAAAAUAUUAUCCAUUGCAUCAUUUGAUUUAGGAAUGUAUGGCACGUCUAUGAUUUCAGAUUUUUGCCUUGAAGAGACUUUGAAGGAUAAGGCCCAAACACUUAAAGAUGUCAGUGCUGGUUCUGAACAUGCUCUCCUUGAGACAGAACUAACAAAGUGGUUGCCUGAUAGUGCUUCAACUUCCUGUAUGCUUUGUGGAGCACGUUUUCAUCCAAUAAUUUGUGCUCGCCAUCAUUGCCGAUUUUGUGGUGGGAUAUUUUGUGGUGGCUGUUCAAAGGGUAGAAGCUUGAUGCCCCCAAAGUUCAUGAACUCAGAUCCUCAAAGGGUCUGUGAUGUUUGUGGAGUGCGUCUUGAGUGUAUACAACCUUAUUUGAUGAAUCGAUUCAGUCGUGCUUGUCAACUUCCAACUCAAGACUUGACUGACCUAAGCACCUUGAGGUCAUGGAUAAACACCCCAUGGGCAGUCAGAAUGGAGUAUGAGAUCUACAAAGCGGCAAAUUCCAUACAUGGCUAUUGUAAGGUGGGAGAGCUGAAACCUGAGAAGUCGAUCCCUGAUUCAAUUCUCAGACAAGCAAAAGGGCUUGCAAUCAUCACUGAGGUAAAGGUUGGAGUGAUGCUUACAUACAAAAUCGGUACUGGAUUGGUUGUUGCUCGGAGAGGUGAUGGUUCUUGGUCCCCUCCUUCAGCCAUCUCUACUUGUGGUCUUGGAUAUGGAGUUCAGGCUGGAGGUGAGUUGGCUGACUACAUCAUUGUUCUUAGGAACAAAGAUGCCAUCAAAACUUUUAGUGGAAAUGCACAUAUGUCAAUUGGGGCUGGUGUUAGUGCUUCUGCUGGUCAUUUUGGACGAGUGGCAGAGGCUGAUUUCCGUGCUGGUGAUGGUGGUUAUGCUGCCUGUUACACAUACAGUUGUAGCAAAGCUAUGUCCUCCUGGAUCCCAAGGGAAGAGCUGAACUGCGGACUUCACGUUGGAUGAAAGGUGAAGGAGGAACCAGCCCGUUCUUAUGUUGGGUCUGUCCAGCACCAAGGUAGUUGCCCGAAUGAAGGAGACGACCCUCUUGGGCCGUGCAGGGGGGCUGCAUACCCAGAUCUCGACUUCUGUAGGGGGUUCAAAAAGUAUAGACGAGACCUGGUGAUUGGGCGCGCAAGCUGCGAGUUGGUGCAGCGAUGAGCUGAUCAGCAAGUGUAGCUUCCGCACCGCCCGCCUAACAAGGAAGCCGCGCACUGCGGCUUGCAGGCGCACCACGGCCUGCUCAUGUGAUGACGGCCAUGGGGUGGCCCUGGAGGCCACAACAAGGUGCUUCUCCCCACGAAGGGACUGUACCUGGCGGCGUGCCAGGAACCCUCGCGCUGCCGCCUGAAGCCGCACCGCUGCUUGGAGUUCCUUCUCUGUCUUCUCCUUGUAGCGGUGGAACAUCACAACGAACUGAUCCCACUUCUCUUCGAGCCGGCCAAAACUCUCUUCGAGCCGAGUGAAUGCAUCUGGAGUUGGAGAGG